GGCUGUUGGAGAAAGCUGUCACCUUACCGUCCCAAGGGAACCCACGCACUGAAGCCUCCAUUAGCUUGGCUUGAAGACUUGGGCUGGGCCAGGUUGUGUCCAUCUUUAACGCACUUAGGCCAGAAAUCUGCAUACCGAGCUGCCUGCCUGCUGCCCUCCCCCACCCCGAAUGCGCUCCAGACCAGGUGGAGCAGAGAGCAGUCCCUUUACUGGGCAUGCGGAGCCCUUACUCUGAUGGCUGUUCCAUGACUUCGAGAUUGUAGCUCCACCCUUCUCCCUCUUUCCCAAUGCCUGGUCUCAUGGGGUUAGUUUUGAGCCCAACACUAUGGCAUCCUCCUCCCCAGCUCCUCCCUCUGGGUCCAAGAAACCCCGGGGCAAGAUGGCUGACUGGUUCAGGCAGGUCCUGUCGAAGAAGUCCAAGAAGAUGCCCGACUCAGCAGAAAGCACCUCCCGGGACGUGUCACAGCCAAGCUCACAGACUGACCCCCCAACUCCUGAUCUCAGCUCACCCACGUCUUCCACCCCAGCACCAGCACCUGAGGGUACCACCAGCAGCACUGGCCUCAGCAGCAGCAGCAGCAGCGGACGCUGGAGCAAGGACUAUGAUGUCUGUGUGUGCCACAGCGAGGAGGACCUGGCAGUCGCCCAGGAGCUGGUCUCCUACCUGGAGGGCAGCGCUGCCAGCCUGCGUUGCUUCCUGCAGCUCCGGGAUGCAACCCCAGGCGGCGCCAUUGUGUCCGAGCUGUGCCAGGCUCUGAGCAACAGUCACUGUAGGGUGCUGCUCAUCACCCCAGGCUUCCUCCGGGACCCAUGGUGCAAAUACCAGAUGCUGCAGGCCCUGAGCCAGGCCCCCGGGGCAGAAGGCCGCACCAUCCCCCUGCUGGCCGGCCUCGCCAAAGCCAGCUGCCCCGCUGAGCUGCGGUUCAUGUACUUUGUGGAUGGCCGGGGCCCUGACGGCGGUUUCUGCCAAGUCAAGAAUGCUGUCCUGCAUUAUCUGCAGACACUCAGCUGACGCUUCUACCACCACGGGACUCACUAAGUUGAAGCCACGUUGGCGGUUGAGUUAGAGCCCAUGCGGGGCCUUGACAGCUGGGUCAGAUGCCCAGCAGGUUUCCAUCCCUAUGGGCCCCCAGGAAGCACAUGGGGAAGCUAGGGAUGCCUCCAGGAAGGUGAUGAGGAGGCUGGGGACUCCCCUAGGAAGACCAUGGGGAAGUUGGGGACUCCCCAGGAAGAUGAGGGGGAAGUUGGAAACUGAAGAUGGUAAGAGGUACAACAGCAAGAGAUCACCAACGUUUGGCCUUCUACCGAAGUAGACACGAAUUCUGCUGUGCACCUACGUCCCUGCCCUGGAAUCGGGCCCUGGUAGAGACGCUCCUCCUGCAGUGGGGGCUUGGAACUGCUGGGAGGCCUGGGAAUGUGCAUCAGCACAAAGCAGCAGCUACCUUCCACACUCCCACUUCUGCCUUCCCAGUGACAUCCAGCUCCUUCACACAGCUGUGCGACAGUCAGCACUGCACUGCAGUUUUUUGGUUGUUAUUGUGUGUGUGUCUUUAAAGACUCAAACCCAGAAACCCUCCUGAGUAGACAACAGUGGGAGCAGCAGGGUCAAGGGAGGAAAGCUCAGUCUACCUGGAAUCGAAAGUCCAUCCAGGGAUGCUUUCACUGCUGGGGCCUUGUAAGCGGUCUGGCUGGAAGGAUGCUUUCACACCUCUGGGCUGAGCUGUUUCCUGUUUUGUUCUGGAAGAUGCGUGUAUACCUGCACAUGCCAUUCUUCUCAAGUGUGUCUUUGGAAGUGAGUUUCUCAGUCUCCCAAGGUGUACUUUUGUACCUUGUCUCAUUUUC